GCUGGAGGGUAGGCGGUAGGAGCAUCUGUGCCCCACAGCCGUGCCGAGAGGCGCGUGGCUUCCCCACGGAGGGGGACCCGCCGGCCGUGCCGAGGAGCGCGUGUCUGGAGCGCGUCUCUCUCUCUCUCUCUCUGAAGUAUGAUGCAACCUUCGAGCAACUCUGCCUUCGUCCCUGCUGAGAUGAGGUCAUGUCUUGGCACAUGGGAAAUCCCCCAGGGGAGGGAGGGAGCGGGGGAGAGAGCGAGAGAGCGCCUGAGUCCACCCUUCUUAGCCUGCCUGAAGGGUCUUUCUUAGGCUGCACCUUCUUUCCAGGCUCUGAGUUGCAAGGCUGCAGGCUUCCCUUAAUAACCUGUUUUAUUUUUUUUAGAGAAGCUCCCAGGUCAUUUGAUUCUGAAUGCAGCUGCUUUGGGCCGCUCGUUCCUUGCCCCUACUUGUGUUGAGGCGAGCCUUCUUCUUUUUUAAAACCCACAAGAAACAAAUCCAGCUCAGGGCGAACUUAACAGAAGAGUGAUCACAGGCGUUUCCCACAAUUCUCUCUUCUCCACGUUUCAGUUUCCGUACACAUUGGCACAAGUCUGAGUUUUGCUGUUCGAAGGUCAGCCUGUGCACCUCCUCUGUGCUCUCAGAACUUUCAGGAAAUGGUUUAACUUGUGAUUGAUCCACGUGAAGAUUUAAGAAACAUCCUGGCAAUCUAGAACACCUUACUUUCUCUAAUAAAUCAUACUGUGGGUUUAAAGAAGAGCCUGUCCAAAUGAGCAAGACAUCACAGCAGAACACAACUGCAGAAACCAACGGAGUAAGUGUCAUCUACACCCAAGCACAAGCGAGUGGGUUGCAACAGGUUCCUCAGUUGGUGCCUAUUAGUCCUGGAGGUGGAGGCAAAGCUACACCUCCCAGUAAGCAGGGCAAGAAGAAUUCCACAAUUGAUAGAAACAGUGAUGAGUACCGCCAGCGCAGGGAGCGCAAUAACAUGGCGGUGAAAAAGAGUCGUUUGAAAAGCAAGCAGAAGGCCCAGGAUACUCUGCAGAGGGUCAACCAGCUCAAAGAGGAGAAUGAACGCUUGGAGGCUAAAAUCAAGCUCCUGACAAAGGAACUGAGUGUACUCAAAGACUUGUUUCUUGAACACGCUCACAACUUCACAGACAGUGUGCAACCUCUUGGCACAGAAAGCACUGCCACAAAUUCAGAUGGCUCUGGACAAUAGGUGCCCUUUCUCAGCUCAUGGGCAGAACAGUUUGGACACAGCCCUCCCUACACAAGUCAGGUGCAGCAGCAGAGAAACUUCUCUAAACUUUGUAACAUCUGUCAUUUUGUGGCUUCUUCUGUUUUUCUAAAUAGUAGGCUUAACACUGAAAGGUUGAUUCAAGUAAACUGCAAACUGUUUAUUACUAA